GCCAAAGCCCAAGCUGGUUGGUCCCGGCUGUCCCCACAGAAACCUGUGCUUCUGUCCUUCCUGACGCUACCUAUUCACCACAAAUAUUUGGAAGGCCUGGCACAUGGCGGAUGAUACAGCAAAGCAAAGAGAGUCCAUCUCUCUCCCAACCGUGGCCCAUGGCCUAGAGAACCUGGGGGCUGAGUUCCUGGAAAGCCUGGAGGAAGGCCGGCUCCCUGGCAUGGAUUCUAGACACGAAGAAGGUGGACACAGCUGGAACAAAGCAGAGCCCAAGCCCUUCUCCAGAUGGAGGAGCCUGCAGCCAGCUGUGCAAGCAAGAAGCUUCUGCAGGGAGCACAAGCAGCUGUUUCAGUGGAUCUGCAAAAGCCUUCUCUGUAUUGCAUACAUCGCCUUUCUGCUCAUCGCCUGCCUCCUGGACUUCCAGAGGGCCCUGGCACUGUUGGUCAUCACCUGUGUGGUUCUAGUCUUUCUGGCCUACAGUCUGCUCAAGAGGCUUCUGGGGCCCAAGCUGAGAUGUGCAAAGCUUCAAGGCCAUUCUCGCCUGAGCCUCUGGCUGAAAAGAGGUCUAGCCCUCGCUGCUGGCCUAGGCCUGAUCUUGUGGCUGUCUCUGGACACCUCCCAGAGGCCUGAGCAGCUGGUGUCCUUUGCAGGGAUCUGCGUGUUCCUCACCCUCCUCUUCGCUGGUUCAAAGCAUCAUCGCGCUGUGUCAUGGCGGGCUGUGGCCUGGGGCCUCGGGCUACAGUUCGUGCUUGGUCUCUUUGUCAUCAGAACAGAACCAGGAUUUGUGGCUUUCCAGUGGCUGGGUGAUCAAAUCCAGGUCUUCCUGAGCUACACAGAGGCCGGCUCCCGCUUUGUCUUUGGGGAGGCUCUGGUCAAGGAUAUCUUUGCCUUUCAGGUUUUGCCCAUCAUUGUUUUCUUCAGCUGUGUCAUGUCAGUUCUCUACUAUUUGGGUCUCAUGCAGUGGGUGAUUCUGAAGAUUGCCUGGCUAAUGCAGGUCACCAUGGGCACUUCAGCCACCGAGACCCUGAGUGUGGCAGGAAACAUCUUUGUGAGCCAGACUGAAGCUCCUCUGCUGAUCCGGCCCUACCUGGCAGAUAUGACGCUCUCUGAAGUUCAUGUUGUCAUGACUGGAGGCUAUGCCACUAUCGCUGGCAGCCUGCUGGGUGCUUACAUCGCCUUUGGGAUUGAUGCUGCCUCCUUAAUUGCUGCCUCGGUAAUGGCAGCCCCCUGUGCUUUGGCCCUCUCCAAGCUGGUCUACCCAGAGGUGGAAGAGUCCAAGUUCCGGAGUGAAGAAGGAGUGAAGCUGACCUAUGGGGAUGCUCAGAACCUCGUGGAAGCAGCCAGCGCUGGAGCUGCCAUCUCUGUGAGGGUUGUUGCCAACAUUGCUGCCAAUCUGAUUGCCUUCCUGGCUGUGCUAGCCUUCAUCAACGCUGCUCUCUCCUGGCUGGGGGACAUGGUGAACAUUCAGGGACUCAGCUUUCAGCUUAUCUGCUCCUACAUCCUGCGGCCUGUGGCCUUCUUGAUGGGCGUGGCUUGGGAAGACUCUCCGGUGGUGGCAGAGCUGCUGGGCAUCAAACUGUUUCUGAAUGAGUUUGUGGCCUAUCAGGAACUCUCUCAGUACAAGCAGCGCCGCCUGGCAGGGGCUGAGGAGUGGCUUGGAGACAAGAAACAGUGGAUCUCAGUCAGAGCAGAAAUCCUGACAACCUUUGCACUUUGCGGAUUUGCCAACUUCAGCUCCAUCGGCAUCAUGCUGGGAGGCUUGACCUCUCUGGUCCCUCAGCGAAGGAGUGACUUCUCCAAGAUUGUGAUCCGGGCAUUGAUCACAGGUGCUUUCGUGUCCCUGGUCAAUGCCUGUGUGGCAGGGAUACUGUAUGUGCCGAGAGGGCCCGAUGUGGACUGUGUGUCUCUACUGAACCAAACCCUCAGCAGCAGCAGCUUUGAAGUAUACCAGUGCUGCCAUCAGGUCUUCCAGAGCACCAGCUCAGAGUUCAGCCCAGAGGCGCUAGAAAACUGCUGUCAGUUUUAUAAUCACACAAUCUGCACAUAGAGACUGAACAUCUUCAUGCCCUCAGAGGCCAGUCUUCCCAGAAAACAACAGUCUUCAAUGAGGCCAUAUGGCUUAUAACUGCUUCUGUUCUGCAAUUGGGAAAGAGUUUGGCCAUGAGUUGGGGAUGUUGGUAAAUGAAGGUUGCCUCCCACCCCUGGCCAUAUCUCUGCUUUCCAAGUCCUACCUCUCCAAGUAUGAGCUCCUAGGGUCUCCAUUGCCCCCUCUCUCUCCAUGUGCCAGCAUUCUGGCCUGCUCUAGUCCUCCCUCUCUGGGAUUCUCAUGUUCACCUGUCCAACGUCUCCUCCCAUCCCUCAUCCCUCCUUGUGUCAGACUCCCCUGCUCCCUUCCAAGCACUAGACUCUGUGGCCUCCCCAAGAAGCUGUCCCUGGAGACAGCUUCCUUCACUCACUUCCUCAGCAUGCUUCCCAAACUGGUGUCCUGCAGGAUAUUGUUCCAGCAGGUGAGCCAUUCAGAGGGGUCAGUGAUCUACCAGGUUUGGAAUAUACUGAACUAAAUAAAGUUAGACAGGGUUGUUUGUUUGUUUGUUUUUGAGGCAGGGUCUCAUGUAGCUUAUGUUGGCCUUGAGCUUACUAUGUAGCUGAGUAUGACCUUAAAUUCUCAAUUCUCCUGCUAUCACCUCCUGAAUGUUGGAAUUAUAGGUGUGUACCACCAUACCUGGCCCAUAAGAAGUUUUUAUUUGGGCUGUCAAAAUAGUUCAGUGGGUAAAGGCAGCUGCCACAAAGCCUGACAACCUGAAUCUCAUCACUGAGACCCAAAUGGUGGAAGGAGAGAAUAAUUUCUGCAAAUUGUCCUCUGAGCGCCACUUCUGUGCAUGGCACAUGCCAUCAUCUGCCCCCUCCCCAAAUUAAAAAAAAUAAUAAAGUGACUUUAAAAAUUA